UGAGAGAGAAGCCGUGUUUUGUUGUGAUCAUGGAGUCGAGCACGGACACGUUGCGUCUCAACGAUACGAAAUUGUUUAAAGUGAUAAAAGAAACGGUGCCAGGCGACGGCACGGAGACUCUGAACAUCAUCGAGAUCCGGGACAACGUUUUGUACGUCUGGAAUAGCAACGAGAGCUGCAUCUUGACCUUGAACAUCGGAGCGGCGCGCGGGAAGACCGGCGACGAUGUUGUUUAUCAGAGAUUACUGCUCACAGAUCCACCCACGUUUGAAGUCACAAACUUGCAGAUUAAUGAGACCACAACGCAACUUGCAAUCUGGGGUAACUGCGGCAUAGCUGUCGUAGAGCUGCCAAAACGAUGGGGAAAAGACGCGUUGUUUCAAGGAGGCAAAGAAGAAAUUUCCUGCCGGAGCCACAGUCUCGAUGAAAGGUUAUUUCACUGCUCGGGUGUGACCGAAGUGAGACGUGUUCGUUGGCAUCCAGCUUCCACCAAAGACUGUCACCUCCUCGUGCUGACAUCGCAGAACGCUUUCAACUUGUACGAAUGUGAGCCAAAUGGUAAACAAUCCCUGAUCAAGACCUGGACUGUUGGUCCAGCAUUUAGCUCGCCCUCAAAAAUCCCUGGUGCUGCUUCUUUGGGUGAAACUGCAGUGGACUUUGAUUUCGCAACUCCGACUCUUAGACCGGGAAUUGAUGCGAAAGACAUUCAAAGCAAAGAUGCGGAUUGGAAUGAUAUAGAAUGGCCGGUUUUGGUACUGAAGGGCAACGGAGAUGUCUAUGCUGUACACGGCAACACUUUAACCGGGAAAGGCGAAAAACCACUGGUCACAGGUCCGUUGUCCAUAUACCCUAGGACAGAUGACAACUAUGGCGUAGACUCUUGCUCAAUAAUGUGCCUGCAGACAACGCCUCCACUCGUUGUUGUGGCUACUAGUACCGGAAAGGUCUACCACAGUAUCUUACUUCGGGAAAAAUUUGAAGACGAUGAAAAAACGUCAUGGUCACAGUACGGAUCGACCUUUAGUCUUCACACGCCGGAAGACGCUCUCUACGUAUACGAAUGUGUGGAAAUGGAGCUGGGACUUGGCUUCUGGGAUAUUGAAAAGAAGUACUCAUGCCCUGUACACUUGCACGUUGAUCGUGGCAACAGCUCGAGGUACUUCUGUUCUCACAACGCAGGCAUUCACGUCGUAAAUUUGCCAAUGGUAUCGCAAUUGGCGGACUUCAUUCAGGCUACAGAUGAUGAUGCAAACUUUUUCCUUCCGUCAUUAUCAAUACAGUCUAACUCCCAGUAUCUGAUAUGCACCAAGACGAAAAGCAGUUUAAAACCUGCCCCCAUUUUGGGCUUCGGACUACUCCAAGAACCAUGUAUCAUGAUUGCGCUUCUUCACACCGGAACAGUAAUCAGUCUAUCUGUGGUGGAUCUUUAUUACUUGCCAAAUCCUAGGCCCAUUGAACCACUCACAAGUCCCAGUAAAAAGAUGACGAAGGAAGCAUUCGACACGUAUAUCAAAAGCCUUCUCAGGCAUGAUGUCUCGCAACCUAUCUUAAAGUUGGGAUCAACCACGGAAUCGAUGCCUCAGGAAGUGUUGGAGCUGUUAUUGCGAUCCACCCAAGUAUUUCGCAGUGACCAUUUUGCUCGUCACGACAAAGUGCGGACAGAAAUUGCUAAGCGAGUCCGUACAUUACGGGCUCUGAAGACUCAUCAGCUCAAAGAAUUGGAAUUAUUGGCAGAAGAGAAAAAAAAGCUACAGGAAGUCGCUGAACGUCUUGCUGAACGCUACGAAGACAUGAAAGAUCAGCAGGAAGAUCUCGCGCGAAGGGCCGAAGAAGUUUUGUGGUUGGCGAAUCAACGACAACCGUCGAUGUCGGCGGCCGAAAAAGAAGAAGCAAACGAAUUUAAAAUAAUUAGCAGCAGAACAAAAGAGCUAGGCCAGCAACUACAGAAGCUUAAAAACAAAGAGAAGUAUCAAUCGGAGCAGUUGGCGAGCUGCCAUAAACCCGACGCAAACAAAGAUAUAAUUAUUAGCAAAGCCCGGGAAGAUACAAUCAAGACUAACCUGAAGGAAAUAUCAGCAAAAAUUUCAAAUUUGAUGUCGACGGUGAAAUUAUUAGAGGAAGAAGUGUUAUCCUAAUUAAAAUAUAUUUUUUAUACGAUUCAUUGUGAUUCCAAAGCCAACACAAAUUGUACCUACAAUUGAAUGUAAUGA